GUUUGUUCGCGCACUAAGGAUAUACCUCAACGACCUGCGAUGAUCCUCGUCGAUCCAAUCGAAAACUAGCAUUACCUUGCCGCCACCGUUGUUUUUCACUCGUGCCACUCGUACUCAAGCACUAUCACGACUUUCACUGCACACAAUACCAGUCAAUCGUCACGACACAAUUACCACCAUGGCCUUCCCCGCUCUGUUUCCUCUUCUCUUCACGGCGUUCUCUACCUUUUCCGCCACGACCUUGACCUUUUUCACCCUCAAGUGGCGCGAACUGAACCAACAGGUCCAGACGUUAGUCGAGCAGCAACGGUUAAAAGCGGUGGAAACGGCGGCGACCUCGGUGAAUGACUUGCUGCACCCGCUGAAGCAGUGGCUGAAACCCAUCGGGAGGUACGCCUUUCGGGGGUGGUGCGUGUCUACGGUUUUGCAGGUGGUGGGGAUAGUGACCUCCUCCUUGCUUGGGUACUACUGUUUGCUCGAAGUGAAGAGUUUGCGGAGGGAGUUGGAGUUGCAGGGGCGGGAGAGGAGGAAGAUGGGUAGCGAUUUUCUACUCACAACUUCCGUGGACGAUGAUCCUCAUCAUGUCGACAGCGGAGCGGCGGAAAGUGCGAACAAAGGGUCGUACCAAGGAACUGAAGAUAUCUCGCCAGGGACGGAAGAACUACCACCUGCCGAGAUCCUCCCCGACGCAGAUCAACAUAUUAGUCUCUUGCAGGCGGCAAACCACAAACACACACGAGAUGCACAUCGAGCGGUGGUGAAACUGCAAAUCAAGUCCAGCGCAGACGAGGACGAGGUGGGGGGUUGUUGUAUGGCGGCAAGUGGUGAGCGUGAGGUAGGGAAACUGCAUGACAAACUUGUGUCAUCUGUGAAGACCGAGGACCUCACAGUGACGGAGGACAGCCACAGCACCACCACGUCGGAAUGAAAGUGCUGACUCGAUGACGAGGAGCCAAACGACGAUGAACUUCUGAAGUGGGCUGGUGAUAGUAAUCAUGAAAAGAAAAGCUAAAGCACUUCUUGCUUCAUCUGCUUUACUAGCAGCGCGUGCUUUAUUUGUAGGAUUUGGAUUUUCUCGAUAUCAGAAAAAGCGACAGAUGAAGUACUGAGAUAAUCGGAAAAUAAGUAAAUUGUCGCAGCCCCAGCCGCUUCUUAGUGACACAAAUCCCAUUUUGGUACUUUUCGUCGCUGUUCGUAGUUGCCGCAAUCGUCACCUUGUCAGCGCCUGAGCGAAGCUGGGCAUGGUUUUUCUAUAGUACGGGCAACUUGUUCUUACUUUUUCGCGAAUAGAGAACUUUCCGAACUUGUUUCUUGUUCUAAUGCUA